AUGGUUAACGCCGCCUAUUGCAUUCGUGGGACAGACCACCAAGCCUACUUUUGGUCAGGCACAAAAUUCGCCAGAGUCAGGUAUACACCUGGUGCUAAUGACAAUGCCAUACUCGGCCCCGUCGGAGUUCGAUCCGAAUGGAAGUCUCUCGCCGAGGAGGAUAUUGGUAGAGUUGAUGCCGUUUGUCCAGUACCAGGAAACAAAAAACGCCUAUAUGUCUUCUCUGGCGCCAACUACGUGAAAUUGGAAAUUGACGUGAAAUUGGAAACGAGUCCCUUGAAAUCGAAGAUUGAUCCCUCCGUCGAAACAAGUGUGGAAACUGGACUCAGACCCAUUACGGACGGCUGGAAAACCCUGAAAAGGGCGGGUUGGGAUAGAAUCGACGCGGCAAUGGUUGUUCCAGGGUCUGAGACAAAUAUCUAUUUCUUUCAGGGGAAGGAAUGGAUUGACGUGAGCUGGGAUGACAACCUUGUCUCGCGUGGCACAAUUGCCGAGUCGUGGCCAUCUCUCGUCCAGGCGGAAUUCGAAACCGUUGACGCGAUUCUUGACAACUAUGAUGGUACCUAUUAUGUUUUCUCUGGGGAUCGGUACGCACGAAUUAGCAUGAAAGAGGACAAUGAUACUUUGAUGGCUGGCCCAUUCUACAUUAAAGACAAGUGGUCUUCGCUCUCUUGGGUAUAA